AUGGACAACGAAAAAUUUUUUCGAUUUGUUCAACAUUAUCAAGAACAAAUUCCUUCAGAUGUUCAUGAAUAUAUCAUGCAAACAUAUACUUAUGGUCAAGAAAGCCUUAGGCGUCAUCAUGUAUCUGUCUGGGAAUCUUCUACAAGGGUCGAAUUGAUUCUAAUGAUUAUAGCUAUUACAUUAUGGUUUCUUGUAAUAUCAGUAUCUGCACUGGGUUAUUUCGUGGCAUCCUCUAAAAAAUCUCUUUCUUCACAAUUACCUGUUAAUAAAGCUUUAGGUGUAUCAAUAAUAAGACCUCUUAAAGGUGUAGACUGUAAUUUAUUUGAAAACCUUUCUUCUUCAUUCCGACAAGAUUACCCAAAGUUUGAGAUAAUUUUUUCCGUGGCAAAUGAUACUGAUCCUGCCAUAGCGACCGUACAAAAAUUGAUGAAAGCAUUUCCAAAUGUAGAUGCAAAAUUAAUUAUAGGCGAUCGAGAUGUUGGAGUUAACCCAAAAAUAAAUAAUAUGAUUCGUGCGUACGAAUCCGUUAAAUAUGAUAUAAUUUGGAUUUUGGAUUCUAAUGUUUAUGUUGACCCUGGAUGUCUUGGAAGGUCCGUGGACAAACUAUCUCAACCUGGUGUUGGUUUAGUCCAUCAUCUUCCUUUUGCCGUUCGUCCUGAUUCUUUUGGUUCAGAAUUAGAAAUGUUAUUUAUAGACACUAUUCAUGCAAAAAUGUAUUUAGCUAUUAAUGCUUUGGGUCCUGAUAGUUGUGUAGUAGGUAAAUCAAAUUUAUAUCGAAAAAGUAGUGUUGAAGAAGUUGGUGGUUUAGCUCAAUUUGGAAAAUUUAUGGCUGAAGAUAAUUUAAUAGCUAGAGCCAUCUGGAAAAAAGGUUAUAAACAUGAAAUGACAAGUGAUUUAGCUUACCAACCACUUGGUUCAAUGACUACUACUGAAUAUUUCUUACGUCGAUCACGGUGGACACGCAUUAGAAAGUACACUGUCACAGCUGCUACUGUAAUUGAACCUUUUAUUGAAUCAAUAGUUUGUGGUCUUUGUGCGUCUUAUGGUUUUAAUCUUUUAUGGCAUAUUCAUCCGUUAAAUUUCCUUGCUUUUCACCUUUCUUUGUGGUUUUGGAUCGAUCUUAAAUUAUUUCAAACUUUAAGUCAAAAGAAAGUUGAUGUGGAAACUUUACGAGGUUUCAUUAUGGCUUGGGCUAUACGUGAAAUUACCGCUUUACCACUUUAUAUUUAUUCAAUCCUUGGAACCACUGUGGAUUGGAGGGAUGGUACAUUUAGAUUGAAAAGAGAUUCAACUGUGAUAAAAAUCUCCCCUUUACAUAAACAACAUAGAGCCACUGGAAGCAUCUCAUCACCUCCUUCAUCCUCAAAUAAUCCAAAAACUGCCUUCUUUCAACAACAAUUUAUAGUAUCUAUCCUUACAUCAGUAAUUUUAGUUAUUAAUUUCUUUAUAGAUAUAUUAUUCUCUAGUCAACGUAAUGGUAAUCCUGUGGAGAACACAGAAGUAGAAGAUUUAAAAGAUUCCGAAAAAGAAAAAACACAUAUAAGUAAUAUGACAAGGCUUCGUUCUAUGAGAAGAUAUAAAAAUGAAACAGAUAAU